AUGAAUGCUACUCAAUGUCAAGCGAAUGCGGUGCAGAGUAUUGUUAAUAGGGCAGAAAAGGGCGCUUUCUCAGGCGGCGAGGAGAAUACAUCUUCGUUUGGCAAAAUCCAAAGUAGAAAUGAAUCAUCCCCGAUUCUGAACAAUAUAAUCGAGCAAAGAUUUUUACAAUAUUCAAGCGUAUCCAAUCAGUUGCCUUCUUACGCGGAUGUACCCCCCAGGAUCCUAGAAAAUCAGAAAUCUGCAGCCCCAGAACCAAACAAUAGCGGAACUUCUUGGUCCAAGGAUUUCAAACAUGAUUCCAUCAGGCACAUCACACUUCCUAUCCAAAAUGAAUUUGCAAAUCUCAAUUUGAACAAAGAACCGCAUAUGAUUCGGACAGGGCCGCAUUUGGGCUUUUCUUCGCACAAAUAUUUAAGUAUGACUUCUUUUCCUGUCAUUGACCAUCAAAUACCUGAGCCAAGGACCUUAGAGUUUCCUAUUGGCAGUGAAGUUGAUUCUUUGAUUAAUGCAGAGUUUUUGGAGAUGGAAGACACUGAUUUGCAAGAAGAAGGCAAUACACAGGAAGAAAAUUUAGAUACAGGGCUGGAACAGGAAAAAGCUGCCAUGAAAAGUCUAGCUUCUGACAUAGUUGAGUUUUGCGGCAAUAGCAGUGCCGAUGAAGGUCUGACAGAAAGGCUAAUUAGUUCAAAAUUUGUUGGACUGAUGGGUAAUAUCAGCAGUGGUUCCGUAAUUCUGAAAAAAAAUGAAAGCACAGAAAAAGACCUUCAGAAGCAUGUGGGUUUCUGUUUCGAGCGCACAGGAACCUGGACAGAUCUGGAGUUUCGUGAUGUCGAAGACAGGACCGUGUAG